CGGCGGCGGAGGCGGCGCGGCAGCAGCGGGCGGGACUGGUAUGGUGGUUCCACAGCUCAGACCCCGCUGCACUCAGAGGGAGGAGGAGGCGGCGGCAGCGGCGGAAGAAGGCUGCGCAUCCCGAGAGGUAUGCCCAAAGAAAAAUACGAGCCCCCUGACCCUCGGAGGAUGUACACAAUUAUGUCCUCCGAGGAAGCAGCAAAUGGAAAGAAAUCACAUUGGGCAGAGCUUGAAAUAAGUGGAAAAGUUAGAAGUUUAAGUUCAUCUUUGUGGUCACUAACUCACUUGACGGCUUUGCAUCUGAGUGACAACUCCCUGUCCCGCAUUCCUUCAGACAUUGCCAAGCUUCACAAUCUGGUGUAUCUGGACCUGUCCUCUAAUAAAAUUCGUAGUUUACCCGCAGAACUCGGAAACAUGGUAUCACUCAGGGAACUCCAUUUAAAUAACAACCUGUUACGAGUUCUACCAUUUGAGCUGGGAAAACUGUUUCAGUUGCAGACUUUAGGCCUGAAAGGAAAUCCACUUACCCAGGAUAUAUUGAACCUCUAUCAGGAACCAGAUGGAACACGAAGGUUGUUAAGCUAUUUGCUCGAUAAUUUGGCAGGUACUGCAAAAAGAAUUUCAACAGAGCAGCCACCUCCAAGAUCUUGGAUUAUGCUACAAGAACCAGACAGAACAAGGCCAACUGCCUUGUUUUCUGUCAUGUGCUACAAUGUUCUUUGUGAUAAAUAUGCGACCCGGCAGUUAUAUGGCUAUUGUCCGUCUUGGGCACUAAAUUGGGACUACAGGAAAAAGGCCAUUAUUCAAGAAAUCUUGAGCUGCAAUGCUGAUAUUAUAAGUCUUCAGGAGGUUGAGACGGAGCAGUAUUACAGUUUUUUUAUGGUAGAACUGAAAGAGCGUGGCUAUAAUGGAUUCUUUAGUCCCAAGUCUAGAGCUCGAACGAUGUCAGAACAAGAAAGAAAGCAUGUUGAUGGCUGUGCAAUAUUCUUCAAGACAGAAAAAUUUACUUUGGUUCAGAAACACACUGUUGAAUUUAAUCAGCUAGCAAUGGCAAAUUCAGAAGGGUCUGAAGCUAUGCUGAACAGAGUCAUGACCAAAGAUAACAUUGGAGUUGCAGUACUGCUAGAACUUCGAAAGGAGUUGGUUGAAGUGUCAUCUGGAAAGUCACAUCUUGGAACAGAAAAGCAACUUAUUCUUGUGGCUAAUGCGCAUAUGCAUUGGGACCCUGAGUAUUCUGAUGUGAAGCUGGUGCAAACUAUGAUGUUCCUCUCAGAAGUAAAGAACAUUAUUGAUAAAGCCUCGAGAAACCUCAAAUCCAAUGUAGUGGGAGAAUUUGGAACUAUUCCACUUGUCUUAUGUGCAGAUCUUAAUUCUUUGCCAGACUCUGGAGUUGUAGAGUAUUUGAGCACUGGUGGAGUAGAAACAAAUCAUAAAGACUUUAAAGAACUGAGAUAUAAUGAAAGUCUUACAAACUUCAGCUGCAAUGGAAAGAAUGGGACAACCAAUGGAAGGAUCACUCAUGGUUUUAAGUUACAGAGUGCCUAUGAGAAUGGCCUGAUGCCUUACACUAACUACACAUUUGAUUUCAAGGGUAUAAUUGACUACAUCUUCUACUCUAAACCUCAGCUGAACACGUUAGGCAUUCUGGGACCUCUGGACCACCAUUGGCUUCUUGAGAAUAAUAUCAGCGGCUGUCCACACCCACUCAUCCCCUCUGACCACUUUUCACUUUUUGCACAACUAGAGCUCUUACUGCCUUUCCUACCCCAAGUCAACGGCAUUCACCUUCCUGGCAGGAGGUAGUCAAGUACCUUCAGAAAACAUCCAUUUCAUUUGUCAACUCGUAAAAUUUUGAAUAUAGGGGAGUGAUGUAUGGCCCCAAGGAUUUUUUUUUAAUAAUGAUUUGACUUUGCAAUCUGAUUAUUUGAUAAGGAUAUAGUAUGAAAGCCAGGUGCUAGCAACAGACAAAUUCUGAGCCCAAUAUGCUUUAUAUACUGUUAGACAGGGAUUGGUGUGUUGACACCUAUCUUUAAUUUGUUACAAGUAAUUUUGCUGUGUCUUCUAUCCAAUAUAUUUUCAUGCCUUGAAACAGGAAAAUGUUUGAACAGCAUAUUCUCUUUGCACAGAACUCUGUAGCACUAUUUUUUUGAGGCCAGUAGUAACAUCCAGAGAUCAUUCUUCGGUACUUUUCUCUCCUUUUUCAGACUUGUUUGUAAAAUAUAGAAUUUGAAUUUAGCCUUUAUGAUUGUAUAUGAUCCACAGAAGACCUGAUUUGUGAAAACUUUGUACUUUAAAAAAAAUCUGAUUUGGAAAUGAUUGUAUUGUAACUAAGGCUAAUUCUUCUUACCUGUUUUCAUAUGUUUAAAAAGCCAGCUUGUCAAAGAAGUUGCAACAGACUUUCUCUGCUGAUGAUUUGCACUGUCAGGGUUUUGUUAGCCCUGUUACACUACUUUAUUUUUAAAUUGAGAACAUUGCUUUUUAACUAAAGCUGUUUAAACCUUAGAACAUUUUCUGGGACCUGAGACAACUUAUUGAUGAAUUCCUGAAUUUUUAUGGAAACUAUCUACCAGGACAGAUAAGCUGAGCAGUGAAUGAUCUAUAGGCAUUUAUGGACUGAAUGAAAUGGUUGAUGUAUGUACAUUCUGAUGUUUUUAAAACUUUAACUUUUUUAAGAUGAAAAAUUGCAGCUGCUAUGGUACAGCUUCUUAACUUCUUUCUGAGAUCCUUCUUGUCCUAUCUCCACUGUGCCUGCCUAAAUUUGUUCUCACCAAGCACUGCCUGUGCAUGCAGAGAAACUCUGUGCAUCCUCUUUUAUAUUUUUUAAAUACUGUUCAACAAUUGUGAGAAUUUUAUGACAAUGCUUUUGUACGAACUAUGGUUUUUUUGUUUUUGUUUCCAUUUGUGAAGCAUUGAAUAUCACAUUUUGGAGCAUGUUCAAAUGGUGGGUACCUGGGUCUUGGCUUACUAGACCCAAGCACUGCUUCCUGGUGUCCGUGCACAGUGCUGCUGGUCACCCAGAUACUGCUAUCAUGUGAACUUGUUUGUUCUCCAGGUAUUCCUGAGCCUCCCUUCCCCCAAUCAUUCCUUUUUAAGAAAAAGUAAUUUUCCGUUUAUGAAGCAGUAUAAAUUAGAUGCAUUUUCAAAACAGGUCCCUAAAGUAAUAUUUCUGAUCAUUUUUUAAAGUGACUAGGUGAUUUUAAUAUGUCAACCAAGGUAAAAGUUAUAUUGUACCCUGUAUUUUGCCCACAGUGCCAUUAGUUGAUUAGAGAUUUAAAUCUAGCUUUAAAUAUAAAAUUAAUUCAUAUAUGUUCUGUUCUUGUUCAUUUAUUCUUUCAAAAAUCAUAAGAAUUCAAUUCAGAGGGAGCUUAGUCUAACUGCUUUUGUUUCAACUGCAGGCAGGGGAGCAAAAGAUACCUUGUGAGCAUUAAGGAAAAAAUAGUUGAAUGUUAUUAACAAUUUUUAUAUACAGAGACUGAGUCAUUUUGGAUAAUGACUUAAAAUUUAUGAAAAAUGUUGAGCACUUAAAUGUGCCUAUUCUGUUUUUAAAAGAAAAUAAAAAUUUUACAUACUGUUAAAAGAUUCUUUUUUUUUUUUUAACUCCCCUCCCAAGAGGUUUUGAUCUUGAUUCUUUGUCUGGGACCUGUUUUUUCCUUUGAGGUGUGUUGUUUUUUAAGAUUUUGUUGUGAUGGUUCUUUAUGUUUUCCUUUUUAUUAAGUUGUGCUGACACCAAACAUGUCCAGUUUAUAAUUAGAACAUUGGGAAGCUGGUAUUAUUAAUGUAGAACCAAUGCAUAGCUUUUGAUGGGGUUUUUGUUUUUUUUGUGUGGUUUUUUUGGUUUGCCUUUUUUUUUUUUUGUAAAGUGUUAAUAAAAAGUGUGUUUACUCAUUUUUCCUGAACACUGUGUUAGUAAUGUGCAUCAUGACAAUUUCCAGUGAGAGUAAGCUAGAGCUGGUUGGACUGAUCAGAUAGAGGAAACGGCUUUUCCGGUGAUCGGCAUUAUGGAAGAGCAAGUCCAGAAAGCUUUAUGAUAGGGGGCCAUGGAGAAGCACUUACUUCAUUUUGUAUUUGUUAAUGGAGGAUAUUGUUCUUGUCACAGAUUGCUGAAACUAGCGUGCACUUGUUAGAUGAUAAAGGUUUGAGCUUUACACAAAAUGUGUUUCAUCUUGUAUUGUCUACAUUAUAUUUGAACUUUGGGGCAGCAUAGUAAGAUACAAUGUCCUGUUAUGUCUUGAAAAUAGUUUUUUCUUGCCUGUUGCCGGAAUACUACAUUGUGUGGGUCAGUUUGAGCCAGCUUCUCCAUCUUAUUUAGAUAGUGAUAAAUGAAACCAAGAGCAUAAAUUUGCAAUGCUAAUCUUUUGGAGAACUAUUUCGGGUCUCCAAUGAAUAAAUGGUCACAUCAAAAACAGAUUACAAUACUUUUGUUAAGCAAGGUUUUGUGUUAAAGUAUUUUCUGUGUCCUGAAUAAUCUCCAAUAAUCAAUACUCCCUAAAAUGCAAUAAAACCUGUAUGUUUUCACAGUGCAGAUUUUUUUCUAAAAGUCUUGUAACAAGUGUAUUUAAUAUGGUAUUAUUGCCAUAUAUGAUUUCAAUGUUUUUUCCAGAUAAACUCAUCUUAUAAAUGUUUUACAGAUAAUUGGGAGUAUGUUUUCUGGUUUAAGUAUCAGAAAUGUGGAGGCACUCAAUUCUCUGUUGUAAGUCUCUUGAAGUACAUACUGUUUACCAUAUGUGUGAUUAUUUAUGCUUUGAGAAUUUAAAUAAUGUUCAUCAAAAUUAAUUUAUGACAUAAUUUAGACUGACAUAGAAAUACAUUGUUGUUUGCAACCUUAAUCAUCCCAAAAGAUAGGCAAAGAACAUCUCCAAAAAAUGUGGUUUUGUUUUUAAUUACACUUAUAACACCAGGAAUUUAGGAUUAGCACUUUGAAACCUAGAGGCAUUUAUUAAAUUGGGUAGAGUGAUCUUAAAAUGUUGAAAUUGAAAUUUCAGAGCUCUUAUAAAAUUCAUAUUUUCAAUGGUAAAUUCAGGCUUUACUCUUCAAUUUUUUACUAUUUGAAUUCGCUGAACCAGUUUCCACAGUGCUAAGGUUUUGAGUGUAUGUCACGAAAAGUCCAAAGCCAAUCUAGGGAAAACAGAUUGUUCUUUGAAUGGAGCAAUCAGAACACGUAGUAUAGAUGUUCUAGGUCAUUCACCUUCAGCACGUGCCCCUUCCCAAUCCAUCUGCAGUAUUAGGAGAUGUUCACUCUGCUCUUCUGUUGUGGUACAUAAAUUCUGAUGACUCAUAUCUUGGUGAUUGGAGUAGUGUCUAAAAUAGCAUCUAGUCUUGAUCCACAGUACAUUAUGUUGUGUAAUGCACUGGACUGACUCUUGUUUACCAUUCAUGUGUCCAAACCCAGCACAUUAUCUGCACUAAGCUCAAAGGAUGUUGCAUUUGCCUCUGCAGCGUCUUUGAUAAGGGUAAUGGGAAACGGGAAUAUGUACAAUAUGAACUGGCAGUAACAAGUGCUUUUACUGUUCUCUUCAGUGGAACUUUUUGGUCAAAUUGUAACUAGCUAGUAUUAUAUUUAUAUACAGGGUCUCUUUUCUUUACCGAUGUAUUUUCCUACUCAUAGCCAACCAAUAAAUUCAGUAUCUGUUGAAAAUAUUUUAAAAGUGUACUUUCUGUAGCUGUAGUACUGAAGUUUGAGAAAAAUCAAUGUUAACCAGUGGGACUCACAUUUAAAAUUUUUAGUAAGUCAUCUGGGCCAUCAUUGUAACUCUCCCUUUUGAAUGGUGUAAUCAUUUGUGUUUUCUAAUUGGCUGUGUUACUCUGUAUAACACUCAAAUCUUUGCCAAAGUUCAGUUUUAUAUUGAUGUCUCUUUUGCAUUUAGCAUUUUUGUUGUUUCUGCUUUAUACCUCAUAAGAAAUAAGUCUUUUGAAAGGAGAUUAACAUUUCAAAUAAAUGUUUUUAAUUACAGUA